AUGUCGGGCUCUUAACAUCGGAAGAGAAUGAUGGCGGCUGCCCACGCCGGGUAUGGAAGGCGGCCGCUCUUGCAGUUGCUGCGGCAAGAGACUCCUUUCCUGAGCGGCCCGUUUUUCGCCUCGGCUCCCUGCCGGCAUCGACACUUCAAGAAGAAAUGGGCAACCACUGCUCCUCGGAUUUCUUCCGUCAGAUUGGCUCUGCAGAUAUUUGACAUGAACUACAGUGUGCAGUUUGGCAGCCUCUGGCCCUCGAUCCGCAUCAGCCUCCUGUCAGAGCAGAAAUAUGGAGCCCUAGUCAACAAUUUCUCUGAUGUGCAGCAGGUCAUCCAGCAACUGGAAGACCUGAAUGCCGUGGAUUUCAUUUGGGAAUCUCAAAAAGGAGUGCAGGAUUCCGAUUCCAUGGCUGAGCAAGCUGACAGCGAACCAACCUCGUCCCAAGAAAUUCAGGCUAAAUCUUCUAAAUCCCAAGGGCAGCCCCUUCCUUCCAUCAGUCCCAACAUCAAAUGCUACACAUUCCCCAAAGGAGACAUCAGUCUUUUUCAUCCAGCCAGACCAGACCUGAUAGGAAUUCUGGGCUACUAUCUCCUGGAUGCUGCAUCAGUCUUGCCUGUCUUGGCUCUCAACCUACAGCCCGGUAACCUGGUCCUUGACCUUUGUGCAGCGCCAGGUGGGAAAACGUUGGCACUUCUGCAGACUGGGUGUUGCCGAGAGCUGGCAGCCAAUGAUCUCUCUGCUUCUCGCACUCGCCGGCUGCAGGAGGUACUCCACAGCUACCUUCCCAAAGAGAUCCUUAAUACUUUGCGGAUUACAACAGGGGAUGGGAGGAAAUGGGGUGACCUGGAGAUGAACACUUAUGAUCGGGUGCUUGUGGAUGUGCCAUGCACAAAUGACCGGCACUCACUCAUCGAAGAGGACAAUAAUAUCUUCAUGCGCAUGAGAAAGGGGGAGCGUCAGAUGUUACCGAUGCUCCAGCUAGAGUUGCUUGUAGCUGGACUUCUUGCUGCCAAUCCAGGAGGAGAGGUGGUAUACUCGACCUGCACCUUGUCUCAGCUCCAGAAUGAGUAUGUGGUUGAGAGAGCGGUGGAGUUACUAGCAGUCCAGUACAACAUCAGUGUCCAGGUUGAAGACUUGAGCCAUUUCCGGAGUCUGUUCCAGAGCACAUUUUCUUUCUAUCCAGACUGCAGACUUGGAGAGCUAAUCCUUCCCCACCUCACAGCUAACUUUGGACCCAUGUAUUUUUGCAAACUGCGCCGGUUGGGUUAGAAUGAACAGAGCAUGGCAUGAAAAGAGGGAGGGAAAUCUUCCAGACUUUUCUUUGGCAUCUUUUUUUUUUAAGGGCUGUAAUUAUAUUUACAAGAAAAUAUGAACAUCUUGCUUUGUUUACCACAGCUGUGGGCCAGUUUCUGCACCGGAAAUCCACUUGGAAGGGGGCACAUUUACAUGCCUCUAACAUGGAGAUCGGUCUAGAUGUGUGAAAAUUCACACACUGGCAUCACAUCACAUGGGGUUAGUUAGUGCUGCCUUGUGAGCACUUGCACACUUUUGAGCAGCCUUCCCCAAUCUGGUGCCUUCCAGAUUAACACCCAUCAGCCCCAUCCAGAAUGGUCAGGGAUGCUGGGAGUUGUAGUCCAAAACAUCUGGAGGCCACUAUGGUUGGGAAGGUUGCUUUAUAAUGCAAGCCUUUACUUAUGCUCAGAAGUAAAUCCCAUUGAGUUGAAUAUGAUUUACUCCCAGGUAAAUAUGUAUCGAAUUGCAGCUUUAGAGACACAGAAGAAUGGGGGCAAGGUUUUCAGUAGCAACAGUGUGCUGUGAAUAACACAUGAAUCAGCUCACAGAGAUUUCCCAAAAAGAGAGUGAGACCUAAAGUUCCCAAAAAAUGUGUGUGUGUGUGUGUGUGUGGAGGGGGGGAAUGGUAAAUUAUCUUCUGUUUGCUUUCAAUGUAUUACUGGUCUUUUCUCAAUGCCUUUAUGAAUUAAGCGGAUCUAGUGCUUCUCAGAGCUGAGCAUCUAGGAUAAGGACGGAUCUAAUGCCCCUUGUCACAAAUCCAGUUGCCAACAACAAAUACAAAAUUAGGUCUUUACAGUAUGAAGAAAAGAAGUUUGCCAUUCCAGAGUCCUCCCAACCAAUGUUCAUUUCACUGCUAUGUAGUGAGCGCGUUGUUGCCGUUCUUUUCCACAGAACCACGAUAUUUCAUCUUCUCUGAAAAUGUAAGGAAGAUAAAGCAUUUAUCCAAACUGGAAGUGCUACCAACAUGAUUAUUAUUAAGCACGAUAUCCUGGCUUCUAUGUGUUACUAAUCAUUUCUUUCAGUUUUGCCAGUAAUAUCUAGAUGAGAGUAUGCCUGGAAGCAGCUUUCUGCUUCCAAUGCUUAAUUAACCCACUUGUGGCAACUUUGCUCCUUUUCCAAGAAUGUUUUCUAUUACUCACAGUUAUCUCACAACGCAUAACCCUCAUCACACCUGUUACUAAUCACUUACAGUCAGCAUAUACAGAUAAUUAGGAACAGCACUCCUAUGAAAUACAAUGAAUUCUUAUCAACAAUGCAUGUUAUAUUCACAAUGUGUCACAUGCCCCCGUAAUCAGUGCUGCAGUAUAUCCCUACCACCAUACCCUACAUAAGCACAGGAUAUUGUUCUACUAGUACUACUUAAGGACUACAGUUCUAUGUGCACCUACUUGGGAGUGAGUCCAACUAAAAUAAAUAGGACAUAAUUCUCAGUAGGAUAGAACAAUCAGUAUGACUAAUAAUAAGUCUUCAGGGAUAUUUUGCUUCUGCAUCUGGAAAGGCCCCGCAUGUAUUAUUAAACCAGUUUCUGCUGAUGUGAAUAUACAAGGUUUUGAGGUUUUCAAUACCCCCUUGCUAAUAGAACUGGGAAUGCAUGGGUGAGUGAGUGAGUAGUACUGGUACAUAGCUUGUGGGCCUU